GACUAGUAACGGUAAGGUGUUAUUGUGGGAUUGUAUUGGUGCCACCGUAGUAUCCGUCUUGGCCAUCACCUGCCCCAUUCGUCAGACCAGGCGUUGUAAGAUGCGGCCGCAUGCGUAAGAGGAUAUUUAUAAUGCAUAGACCCCACGCUGACGCCCUCGGAGUUUAGAAGGUUAUGAGUGAUGGUAGCGCUGUAGAUACUUCUUUCGGCUGGUGAAAGUCAGCAUCUCAAGAGUUUCUAGAGUGGUAUUCACCUAGACAACUCGAAUUCGUCAUCCUUCUCACCAACAUCAACGCCGACCCGACCUCACCCUCCGUCAACUUGCGCCGGUGCGCAUAAGCGCUCUUCAAAAUGGGUGUCAUUCAGGAUAUUGCGGACAACUACUCCCAGGGCCAGAUGAUCGGCCUCGGGAUCGCCUUCAUGAUAUUACCUAUCGUCGCCGUCAGCUUGCGAUUAUGGGCCAAGGCUCUCGGAAAGGGGAUUAAGCUAGACGACUAUCUCGUAGUUGCUGCGACGGCUGUUUCUAUCGGAUGUGCUUCGGUGCAGUUGAUCGCUGCUAUCGACGGUCAGCUCGGCCAGCAUCAAACAGUAGGACCGGACGGGCAACCGAUCCUAGACGACCCUCGAUUCGUCAUCUAUGAAAAGUGCAAGCUUGCGGUCAACAUUCUCUCGACCGUCGGCCUCGGAUUCGUAAAGUCGUCCAUCCUGGUCUUUUACAUGAACAUCUUUUACGGAAAGCCGUUCAAGAUCGCAUCUCAGGUCGUCCUCGGCAUCGUAGUGAGCUGGACAGUCGCAUUCUUCUUCGCAAACCUUUUCACUUGUUACCCGAUCACUCCGUUCAUCGAGCCAUUUUACCACAACAAGUGCGUCGACGGGCUCGCGCUGUGGUACGGCAUGGCUAUCUCGGAUAUUCUCGUAGACGUGAUCAUCCUCGUCAUGCCGAUCCCUAUGGUUUUCCAACUGCAAUUACCAUUGAAGCAGAAGCUGGGUGUUCUGGUUAUGUUCCUUCUGGGUGCAACCGUAUGCGCGUUCAGCCUUACCCGUGCACUCAUCUAUGUGCACGUUGGUGACAGUCUGGCUCUUCACUUUAAUGACGAAACUUACUACACCUCGCCCGUCUUCUUCUGGGCGGUUAUCGAAUUAUCGACGGCAGUACUUAGCGCCUGCCUUCCGACCUAUCGACCCAUAUGGCUUCUGAUGCGCGGUCGUCCCGUCAGACAGAAGCAUCAGGGGUCUUACUUCUCGCGAAAUCAAGGGAGUAGUGGCAUCAGCCGUACCGCCCGAAGCUAUCCCUUAGGAUCUGUGACGGACUAUAAAGACGACAUCGGGCUUACCGAUAACAUAAGAGGGGUCGAUGUAGAUAUCAGCGCGGACGGAAACCACUCGGAGGAGAACAUGAGGCCGGGUCGGGGGAUUACGGUAGAGCGAAGCGUCCAUCUAGGUAGUCGGCCGGUGGAACAUGUAUAAAUUGGGCGUUUGGGCGGCAUUGUACUAUGUUAAGACGAAUACUAAUGAUAUACGUCGCGGGGGACUCCAUUCCAUAUGUUAUUACGAGAUACCUACAUACGUAUACCUGAGCGUAUACCGGGUAAUGUAUAAAUCGAAUGAUAGCGUUGAGUACUUACCUCUGGUAGUACCUAUUUCUCAGCUGGUACCCCUUUUUACGGGUGUGGGAGAUACCCAUCAGCGGCACAGCAAUAAAAAAAGUUGAACAGAAUUUGGUGUCAUAAUGCAUUUGACGUGAUUGUGGGAGUGUGUAUGUGGAUGUGGGGGUGAUAGUUUGAUGCGAGAGCAUAGCCAGAUGUGUUUGUGGGAAGAUGAAUGAGGUGUGGUGAUUAAAAAAUGC